UUGACAAGAAGAAGAACAUUUUCUUUUCUUCAAAAAUAUGUCUUUGAAACAAAUUUCUUGAACGCAACAAAAUUCAACAUUUGAAAUUGUAAAUAUCGUUGAAAACGCUCAAGGCCAGAUCACCAAAAUCACCUGCAAAUCAUGAAUGUGCGCAACUUCAGUAUGCUGAAAAUGCUAAAAAACUCUUGGCGCACAUUUCCAAGACGAUUCGCAACGAAAGUAACAGCAGUCGGGGGCGAUGAAAUUGGCAGUGGUACGGGGAUUGGACAAAUAACCGGACGCGUGCGUAACACUGAAGGUGGACCACACAAGAUAAACACGCCGUCAAAAGAGAUUGUUACGCAUUUGCCACCACUAACCGAUCCACUGCCCAAUUUGCCAGACGCUAUCUACGCCGAACCGUUGGCUGAGAGUGCGACCACAAAGGUUACAACACUGAUAAACGGAUUGCGCAUUGCAUCGGAACCGCGUUACGGACAAUUCUGUACGGUUGGCCUCGUGCUGGACUCUGGACCACGCUAUGAAGUGGCCUAUCCCAGUGGAGUAUCGCAUUUUCUUGAAAAGCUUGCGUUCAAUUCUACGGUUAACUUUCCCAACAAAGAUGCCAUACUCAAAGAGCUGGAGAAGAAUGGAGGAAUAUGUGAUUGCCAGAGCUCGCGUGAUACGCUUAUAUAUGCAGCCAGCAUUGACAGCCGAGCUCUUGAGUCUGUAACGCGUUUAUUGGCUGAUGUAACUUUGCGGCCCAUCCUCAGCGAGGCGGAAGUUAGUUUGGCGCGUCGUGCCGUCAGCUUUGAACUGGAAACGCUUGGAAUGCGGCCCGAGCAGGAGCCAAUCCUUAUGGACAUGAUACAUGCAGCCGCAUAUAGAGACAAUACACUGGGAUUACCAAAGCUAUGCCCGCCACAGAAUCUGGACAACAUCGAUCGCAACGUGCUGAUGAACUACUUGAAGUAUCAUCACUCGCCGGAUCGCAUGGUCAUUGCUGGCGUUGGCGUGGAUCACGACGAACUGGUGGAACAUGUGAGAAAAUACUUUGUGGAACAUGAAGCCAUCUGGAUGAGUGAAGAGAUGGCAAACCUGGGUCCCAAGCAGGUGGACACGUCGGUGGCACAGUACACGGGCGGCUUAGUUAAAGAACAUUGUGAAAUUCCCAUCUAUGCGGCAGCUGGGCUGCCUGAACUGGCGCACGUUGUGCUCGGCUUUGAAGGCUGCUCCCAUCAGGAUCCCGACUUUGUGCCACUGUGUGUGCUAAACAUCAUGAUGGGCGGCGGUGGCUCUUUCUCGGCCGGUGGUCCCGGCAAGGGCAUGUAUUCCCGUCUCUAUACCAAAGUGUUAAAUCGCUACCACUGGAUGUACAGUGCCACGGCGUACAACCAUGCCUAUGUGGACACCGGCCUCUUCUGCAUACACGGCAGUGCACCACCUCAGCACAUACGUGACAUGGUCGAGGUGUUGUCGCGUGAACUGAUGAACAUGGCCAGUGAACCGGGCCGUGAGGAGCUAAUGCGCUCCAAAAUACAACUGCAAUCGAUGCUGUUAAUGAACCUCGAGUCCCGACCCGUUGUCUUUGAGGAUGUGGGACGUCAGGUGCUGGUCACGGGCUAUCGCAAACGUCCGGAACAUUUCAUCAAUGAGAUUGACAAGGUAACUGCCUCCGACAUUCAGCGUGUGGCUCAAAGACUGCUGAGCUCCGUACCAUCGGUGGCUGCACGUGGUGACAUCCAGAAUCUGCCGGAAAUGUCGCACAUAACCAGCGCACUUAGCUCCAAUGGACGCUCGCUUGGACGCCGCUUAUCGCUCUUUAAGUAGCGAUAAAACCAACCUUUCCCCUACCCCAAUUGAGGCGUUAAUUAAUUCGUAUUGCAUUUUGUACUAUGGGCAUUCAAAUCGAUUUAAAUUUGUUUAAAUUUGCAAUCCUUAUACAAAAUUUAAAUUGAUCCUUUUACUUUCGUUUCUGUCGAUUUGUUAUUUGAUCAGCUAUAUUUGGUAAAAGCGAUUUUCUUUUAUUUUUGGAAUGCCAAACGUUGUUCAAUAAAAUUGAACUAAACAAAACCAUUUUAUACUAGUGCAAUCAAUCGAUCUGUAUAUGAUCUGAAGCUGCUGCUUUUUCCAGUUUUAAUUAAGUUAUUAUUUGCCACAGCAAAUAGCAUAUUUAGGGCAUACUGAUAAGAAGAUUUGUUAUCUGCCAGUAUCAAAUAUAAUUAAAAAGAAAUGGAGUACA